UCCCUUUCUGACGUCAUUGCCGGGUUGCAAGCGAGAGAAAGAUGGCAGAUUUUGACAAUUUCGAGGGUGCUAAUACCGCAGAGGAAGAUCCUGCAGCGGAAUUUCUUGCAAGAGAACAAACGGAACUUGCAGGAUUGGAAGAUGAUAACUUCGCAGGAGAUAGCUCGGCACAGCCAGGGGGAGGUGACUUUGAUGCUUUUGGCAGUCAAGCCACAGAGCCUGCAGCUCAGGAAGAAGAAGAUGAUGAUGUUGAUGAUGAGUUUGCAAAUGAUCUGUUUGGUGGUGGUCAAGGUGGUGGGUUUGAGAUGGUAGGGGGAGACAACUCCUUGGGAGACGGACUCCUUGAUAUGGGGUCAGUAGAGCCUUCUGGAGGCCUGCUGGACAUGGAUGCUGCUCCACCAUUGGUCAAUGAACAGUCAGCCCCUGAACAAUCUGUACCGGCAACCAAUGGCCCAUCGGACGCUUAUUCUGCCAUCUCGCAGGUAGACACAGAAAGAGCUGAGCCUGAACAGAUCAAACUUUGGAGAGAGGAACAGAAAAAUAGAUUAGAGAAAAAAGAUGUGGAAGAGGAGCAGAAGAAGGGGGAUUGGCACGAUGUGGCCAGGAAGGAACUCGAGGACUGGUACAAGCAUCAUGCUGAACAGCUGGAGAAGGCCAAGGAGAACAACAGAGCUGCCGAGACUGCUUUCAUCAAGGAACGUGAUGAGUCCAUCCCUGGAGCUCAGUGGGAGAAAAUAUGUCGGUUGUGUGAGUUCAACCCCAAGAACGUGAAGUCCACAAAAGAUGUGUCCAGAAUGCGCUCCAUGUUGCUGCAGCUUAAACAAACCCCACUUGUUCGCUAGAUGUUCAUCUUAUCCGUUCUAGAUUAUCUAGGUUGUCUAUAAGGAAUAGGGAAGGAUGAAGUCGUCGUAUCUUUUUAUUUCCACAAAAUAAGGUCCAAGUUACUCUUUCCUAUAUUGUUUACUACAUUUUGGAUCAAACACACAUGGAAAUCUUAUUCAGAAAUUUAUUGAAUUGACAUUUUUAUCUUUGGUCAGAAUUGUAAAUCCUUCAAAGGAUUGGUUGUAGGAAGUGAGAGGCACCCUUGCCCUUUCCUCAGAUAGUCCGGAAUCAUCGUGUUCCAACCACCAUCUAUGGUGGUCGACAAGUCAGCCUUGCUGCACAUCCAAAGGUGCCCAUGUAUUUGUGUUUCAUAGUUUGUUAAAAUGUAUACUCUGAUCACUCAUUGUAGGCAGGGACAAUAUCCAGAUGGUGUUCCACAACCUGCAUCAAUAUUCAUCUUUGUUUGUGAUAUGAAAGUUUUAUCAGGAAUUAUUCCUGUAUGAGGAAAGGAGUAACUCACUUUCGAUAUAGUUAAGGAAAUUUAGGGCAUCUGCACUGACUAUAAUAAUCAAACAUGUAUGUUGUAGAUAUUUACUGUUGUGGUUGGUUAAGAGAAUGCAUUGAAACCAUGCAGGAAUCAUGCAGGAAUCAAGCAGCAAAUGAUUAUGAAAUUACUGUAAUUUGCUGAUCAAGGAGUGAGUGUAUGUCAUUAGUCACAUUUUUCAGUUACCAUGGUUACUGUCAAUUUCAGAUCGUAGAGUGCAAUUGUUUGUUGGAGAUUUUAGAGUGAGAAAUUUGUGUCUAUGAAUGACUGCAUUCCAGGUGUAUAUUUAUUUGACAUGUCUACAAAUAAACAUUAUCAGUUAUA